CGGAGGAAGCCAGUUCUUGGCAGCUGGAAGGCAGUUCGGACAUAACUCCCUCCCCAGCCCCAGCCUGCCAUGGGCCUUCCUCUGCCCUGGCUCUCUCGCUGCUGCCGUCUCCUGCCUUCCCGGAUCAUGGUCCCUCAUAUUUCUCAUGGGGCCCACUCCCAAAGUCCUGGGACACCUACGGAGGAGUUAGCCACAGAAGAAACAACCAGGAAGACCCUGCCUCCAAACAGGGGUCCAGGCCACAGAAGAGCGGAGUUGGCCCAGGCAGAAGAACUGCUUGAGCAGCAGUUAGAGCUGUACCAAGCCCUGCUGGAGGGGCAAGAAGGGGCAUGGGAAGCUCAGGCCCUUGUGCUCAAGAUCCAGAAGCUCAAGGAGCAAAUGAGGCGGCACCGAGAAAGCCUGGGAGGUGAUGCUUGAAGGAACCUUCCCUUACCUUCCUUCAAUGGCUGAACCCAGGUCAACAUUUCUAAGAACCCCUUUGCCCCCUCCAGGGUCCUAUCCUGUUCCCUUCUUUCCUGGAGCAGAGAGAACACCCAAUGAGGGGAAAUAGGAAUGCUCUCUUGAGGAGGGCUAAGAAUGGGAAGGGGUACUAAGGAUAAGCUAGUCUCUAGUAAACUGAAUUCCUUCACAAUAAUCCUAUUUCCAGUCCCCUGUGACCUCCAUUCCACCCCCAAAGUUGAAGAGGAAAAGAUACCACCCAUUGCCACCCCUCAAAUAAAGGAACAAAACCCUCACAAA